GAGCGUAAGGCCUCUCUUAAACAAUUUGUCGCAUAAAGAAAUGGAUAGGAUCGAUCAAUCCAAAAAUCUCCCGAUGCACUCCAGCGACUUCGAGCUCCCGUACUUCAUCGAAGGAGAUAACUUCGACCAAAUGAUCGAUCUGAUCCGAGGAGAGAGUGUUCAUCCUAUUGCGAAAUUGGGUUAUGAGUCUGACCUUCUUGAUGGUGUUAUGAGUGGUGGGCAAGUCAUGCCAACUGCAGGAAAUGCUUUUGGCUAUGAUCACACUUCCUCUAUCAAUUGUGAUUUUGUUCUCGACUCGCUGCCGAUCCUUGGAGAGGAAGUGAAGGAUUAUCUGGAAGAUGAGAAUGAUGGGGAGGAUUCAUCAGGAACCACCACCACCACCGCGACGGCCACAACACCGACCAAGAGGACGAAGACCGACAGGUCAAGGACUUUAAUCUCAGAACGGCGAAGGAGGGGCCGGAUGAAGGACAAGCUCUACGCUCUCCGUUCCUUGGUUCCUAACAUAACAAAGAUGGACAAGGCCUCAAUAGUCGGGGACGCCGUGGUCUACGUGCAAGAACUCCAAACGCAAGCUAAGAAGCUGAAAGCCGAGAUCGCCAGCCUCGAGGCAUCGUGGGCGGGCACGGGACUGAAGAGGCACCAAGCGCAAAAUGAAACCACGAAGAGGAUUCAAGCCGCGAACAGCAACCAUCCCGUAUGCAGGAAGAUUCUGCAGAUGGACGUGUUCCAGGUGGAAGAACGAGGGUUCUACGUGAGGCUGGUGUGCCACAAGGGAGCCGGAGUGGCCGUGUCUCUGUAUAAGGCCCUCGAAUCGCUGACCAGCUUCCAUGUUCAGAACUCCAACCUGGCCGCAGCUGCAGAGAGAUUUGUAUUCACUUUCACUCUCAACGUCAAAGAGAGCGAACAGGACGUGACCCUCCCCAACCUGAAGCCCUGGAUCACGGGGGCGCUGCUGAACCAAGGAUUCGAAGUCAAACCGCCGCCGCCGCCAUCAUCACCCGCCUAACCGACCUCGCGUCUGCCGCCUUUUCCGUGUGCCUAAAACUCUUUGAAGAACAGCUCUCAUCUGCAACAGAAUGAAAGAAAAUCAAAAAACAAUCCAUGGACGUGGUUAAGCUUCGCAGCAUCGGGGAGACACCCGGUUGACUUUUUCUCCCAGGACAGGCCCAGGUGGGAUGGAC